AGCCAGUCGGGGGGCACGGUACGCCUGUUGGCGCACGGAAAUUGCAAGGUGCCAUGGCGCUGGACGGAGAUCCAGUGGCAGAAGCUCUGAGUGCUGGCUUUUGCUGGGCAGUCGGCAUCACCCUGCUCUCCAGGGACGAAAGUCUGCCAGACAUCUCUUCUGGAAGGCCUUCCCUCACCGGCUUCCCUCGCCUGCGACCAUCCACCGUUUGCGGAGUGCUGAUCUACGCACUUGGCUAUGCGCUGAGCGUGGUGUCGGCCCUAUCACCCACAGCGGACGACUGCGCCCCUCGCCGCGCUGCGGCGCUGUCUGCUGCGCUGCCAAUCUGUUGGCUGGUGCAGUGCGCGCUGGGCAAAAGCACUCCGACCUGCGUGGAGGGCGCGGGCUACUGGCUAACCUUCUUGGGCUCCGCACUGUUGCAGCUUACCGCAGCCUGGCCGCGAGAGGGCCCAGGCGCGGGCCUAGAAAGCCUGCGGCGCCUGGAGGGCUUCGGGCAGUUCCCGGCGGCGGCUCUGGCGGCCUACUUGCUGGCCUGCCUGAUGUGCUUGUUCGCAGGACUAGCUUUGGUCUCGCAGACCAUGUCGGGCGCUCCUGGAAAGGCUUUGGAACGGUUCCUGGAUCCGCUGUCCCCUGCGGUGUGCUUCGCGCUGCUCUGCGGCGCGGGCUCUGUGGCCGCAGAAUUGGCCUUCGCCAUUGGCACGGAGGCAGCCAUGCACAACAGCGAAGCACAGUAUGGCACCUUCGCGCUGCUCUUGGGCCUGACCCUGCUUCUGCUGGUAAUCAGAUGCAGUCAGCAAUGCUUCCAGAGCCUCCAGGCGCCUUUGGCCAAGUUCGCCCCUUUGCUCUUCGGCUCCGCUAGCGCCUUUCGGGUCCUCCAGGCCCAGCUGCUCUUCCGAAACGUCUCACGCCGGCAGGAGAUUGCUGGGCUUCCGUCCCCCCACGUGUGCGUGGCAGGCGCGGCACUGCUCCUCAUCUCGAUGCUUUUGGUCAGCUAUCAGCUGGAACUUGCUCAGCAUUCCGCGCGGUCCCAACGCCAGGAGGAGGCCACUGAAACCCUGGAGAGCAAGGAGUCGAGCCCAGUACACUUUGAAGCGAAGCCUUCACGGGAGUCCAGGUUGGAGGAUAGCUGCACCUGGCUGCAGUCAAGCUGGUGGCACAAAGGCUGGCAGUGGCUGGGGGUCAUCGUUUGUGCGGUGUCCUACUACAUGGGCAUCACCCGAGCGCUUUUUCUGAUCACCCCGCCGGCUGUUCUGGCCACGGCGCCUGCGGUGGAGAGGUCCAACAUUCAGCUGAUCGUCUACCUUGGCAAAGUGGGCAUGCCGUUGGCCUCCCUCAUGGUGUUGGUUUUCUCAGUCAUCAUCCCAGUCUUCAAGUUUGCAACGACCUUCCUGGUCAUGCAUCCGCCAUCUUUCGUGACAAGGGAGCAGCAUGCAAAGUUUUGCCAGCUCCUGUGCGCGUUAUCUCCAUACCAGAUGUCAGACAUCUUCUUGGUGAUGCUGAUCUUGGCAUACUUGAAUACAGGCUUCGCCGGUAGCGGCGAUCAUUCAGGCUAUGAAUGCACCCUGUGCAGCGGCUUCAAGUCCUUCUUCUUCUAUUGCUCCGUGUCCGUGCUUGUUGCCCAGAUCCUUGAAAUCGAGCACGCUGAGGCGCUGGAAGAAGCGUCGGCAGCUCGAGUAGGCGACGAUGGCAGCAUGCUGCCAGUGAGCAGCGAGGCCCCAUUCCCGCAGGCCGCCAGCUACGACCGCCCGGGCAUCUAUGCAAUUAUUCGUCGGGCGGCGGUGGUGCCAACGGUGCACCUCUCUGGCACCAAAGAGAUCAGCUGCGUGCUGAAGGCGGGUGACCUGGUUGAAGUGCUGGAGGUGGCCCAAAAUCCGGGCGAGCAGAGGGUGCGCGGGCGCAUCGCAAACCCUCCAGGUUGGAUCUCGCUGAUGGAUUUGGAGGACGGCCACUGCUGGGCAGAACGGCAAGAGGGCCGACCGGACGUGGAGGAGAAUCUCACUCGGCUCCUGGUCUUCCUGGCUCUUUGGCUGCUUUGCAUGUUCACACUGACGGCGCUGCCAACUCCGCCCAUGUCGCUUCAGGCGCGCUCCGGCGGGGUUAUCAUCUAUCGCCAAGAGCCCACACUUUCGCAGCUGUUCCACGCUCUGUGGGUGCAGAGUGAGCUCUUCAGCGCCCUGAUGGUCCUGGUGUUGCUGAUCACUCCCCUGCUGUUUGCCAUCAUCGCCUUGGCGCGGAUUCUUCUCCAUCGGCACUUCUUGGACCCCGUGUGGUCUAGGCGCCUGUGGCUGUGUGAGGAGAUCCUGAAGCCAUGGGUCAUGGGCGACGUUGCCGCAGUCUCCAUCACCUCCCUUUUCCUGUCCAUUCAGGAGCCCUCCACAGAUUUUGUCUUCCUGUGCGUCAGGCUUGCAAUGCCGCCAAUUGGCUUCCUUGCGUGCCUGGGUCAAGGAGUUGCGUGUUGGGGCAUCCGCUGGUGCACUCCGCCCCUUCGUCCCUCCAGCGCUGGUGCGUCUGCCAGCCGGGACGCAGAGGCCCAUCUACGCAUGUCGCAGGGCACCGAGCGCUCGCCGCUGCUGUCGGCCUUUGCUGCGGCCUGGGAAUCGCUGCAGAAGCCUUCUCAAGGCAAGGGCCCUCGCUGGAGCGGCAUCUGGCUUUGCAGUUUGGUCUGGCGCGAGAUCUGCGUGUGGCUGUUCUGGUUCACCAUCUUCUGGCAGCUAGGACCCCAUGAGCCUCCUUCGGUGCAUAGUUUGAAGGAUCUCAACUUAGUGCUGCACCAAGAGGUGCCUCGAAUCAACAAGUUGCUCAUGGAGAAUGUGCCAGCCAGCCUCGGAGAUUGCGCGGCUCUGCAGGCGCACAGCCCAUCGGACGAGGAGUGCAAAGAGCUGCCCAUGGAACCCAUGGACGUUUCGCCCGUGGGCCUUUCGGCCCGCGUGGUCUUUAUCGAUGGCCUUUCCAGUUUGCGCAUCAACAAGCUGAAGGUCCUGCCGCCCAAGAGCCCAAAGGCCUGGAUCGAGCCAGGAGCCAAGCGCUGGGCCAUUGAAAUCGGGGGCCAGUUCUCGGAUCUGAAGAUCUGGGCGCAGGCCACCAAGGGGCUGUCCAGCCUGGUGGAUGGCUAUGUGUGUUGUCACAAUCCAUACCAUGUGGGUCUUCAACUGUCAGUGCUUUGCUCGAACCCCGAGGGCUUCUCGGGCAAUGUCACAGUUGAUGACUUCCACAUCGACCAGGUGAGCUUGAACACCAAAUGGGGUGCGAGGAUGCCCGGCGCAGCUGAACAAAGCAUGUUUGAGAUCGACAUGGGCGGCGAUGCACCUGAGUCCGACCUUAUUCACGAGGCCAUCAAGAAACACCUUGAGACCAUUAUCGUGGACAAGACUGGAGGUGCCAAGCCGGUCAAGGCUGGCUUGCCCGCGGUGUCGCUCACAGAAAUUCUGAACAAGGUGAUCCGCUUCAAUGGCGGCCACCACUGCCCAAAGGUCUAAGGAGAAACUGUGCCACAUUUUUGCCCGGGGACGAGAUGCUAGGUUGGGCUUGUACAAACUGCUGAGAUGGCCUGGACUCAAGCGCCAGGUCACUUUUCUCGAUGCACGCGUUUUUUUUCCAUUGCCGUAGCUCGCACAAAGCGAUCCUGGUGCAACAGGAUUUUGGACGGACCGUGUGCUCUCGCAGGCGACAUGUAAUUCAGGCCGGAAGGCCUUGUUCGAGGGAUGUCAUUCCCCUAAUGCAUGAUGUGCUUUCCAGUUCAACUUUGGCAACUCGAUCUGAUAGUUUCCCGGUUGCCAUUCUUUGCUUGUCACGCCUCCCAAAUUUGGAUGA